UCACGGUCAGAAACGGCCGUUUUCGCAGUCUUGAUAGUGAGCAGCGAUUUUAAUCAUCAGUAUUUUAUUUGUCAAAAUAUGGAGUCAAUGGCUGUGGCAGUACCACCGGAUUCUCCGAAGAAGGCUGUGAAAUCCACUGCGGUGGUAAAAUAUUCUGCAGUUCAAACACCAGCAACAUACGCUCAGUUGCAAUGCAACACAGAUUUAAAUCAUCCCCCCAGCAAUUGGCUCAGCAGCUCGGCGGAAAGUUAUGGCUUACAAAAUGUCUGGUCUCAAAGUACAGGAUUCUCAAGCUUUCGCAUGGCCCACAUGUUUCCUGAUUGCGUUGGCGAAGUAGAUGUGGUGUCAGAUGCAGAAAAUAUAAAAAAGCUACUUAAACUGCCUUAUAAUCGUGGCGUCAUCUCUAUGAUGGUGCAUCGUAUCGAAAACACAUUAUUACUGGAUGAUUUUGAUAUACACAAGUAUCUUUUGAGACAAGCUGAGAAUGACUGGGAAUGGCUGAAGAAGUUCUUUUACGAACAUAUCUUCCAAAAUCUUGGCGAAACAAAGAGUCUUUUUCACAAGGCAUACAGCAGAAACAGUUUACAACAGAAGAACUUAGUAUCUAAGUUUUUGUAUCAUUCUAUAGUACUUGCAGAUAGCAACAAGCAAAAUGAGAAACCUGAGUUACCCGUGAAGACUUUAGAGCCCUGUCUGCCUGAGCCAACACAAGAAGAAAAAGUACCUGAUCCAAACUACAAUCAUAACUUUGCAAGAAAUGUUGUAUGGACAUUUGAGAAUAUACAGAUGCUAAUUGGAACAGAUAUGCCAAUAUUUGGUGGGCAGACACAUCCAUGUAUAAGCUUACGACUGAGAGACAUGUCCAAGCCUAUUAAUGUUUUAACUGGAAUAGACUAUUGGUUAGAUAACUUAAUGUGUAAUGUUCCUGAAGUGGUAAUGUGCUAUCAUCUGGAUGGUAUUGUACAGAAAUAUGAACUGAUAAAAACAGAAGAUCUUCCAAACUUGGAUGAUUCAAAGUUUAGCCCCAAAGUGAUUAGAGAUGUUGCUCAAAACAUCUUGAGUUUUCUAAAAAAUAAUGCAACGAAAGCUGGUCAUACUUAUUGGCUAUUUAAGGGUAAAGACGAUGAUGUUGUGAAGCUAUAUGAUUUGACAUCACUGUGCAGUGACGUUUCAGAAGAGAAAGGACAGAAUCCCUUCACCGUACCUGUUGCAAUGUUGUUGUACAGAGUAGCUCGCAACAUGAAGUAUUCGCCCGAUUAUCAUCGUCAUCAAGGCACAAUUAGAAUGUUGUUAAAAAAUUGCGUUCAAUUGCUGGCGAAAGAGAAGUAUCCGCAAAUUGUCACAUCUGCGCACUUCAUGCUUUCGGAUUUAUAUAUACCGUCAGAUACAGAUCCGGCCAGUCCGUCGAAUUUAUCAGAUCAAAGUGACGAAGAAGACACUCAGAGCGAAUGUAGCACAAAUCAUGAGACUGAAAAGGAGGAUGAAGAAGAAGAAGCUUGUGCGGCAAUUAAAUCUUUGACUCUAGCCAACAUGAAAGAACAAACGUCACGUGAGCAACCAAAGUACAAGGCGCCACCGAUUUCUGGCACCAUAGAAGAGAGAUGUAUAUCUGGAUUGGGACACGUUGCUCAUGGACUAAAGUGCCUUCGAUAUUUUCCGAUAGAGGAUAACAGCGACGAGGAGCAAAAGAAAGCGGAAGAAUAUGAGAAGGAGAGAAGAAAAUACGAAGAAAUGCAUCCAAAUGUGGCAAAACCCUUCCAAGCGAUACCCAUGCCUUACGCACCGUUGAAUCAGCAAGAUAAAGAGAAUUCGUCGAAAGAAAAUUCGGAAAACAACACUCCCGUGCAUAAAAAGAAAAAUAAACAAAAGAAAAGGAAGAAUGAGAAGAAGGAGGGAAACGGCGUUGCAAAGGAAAUAUCGAGCGAGAAUGCUCUGUUGUGUAAACCCAAAGCGGAGACGAUACCGACGUGGCAAGCAUCGAAGAAGAGCGACAACAUUUGCUGGAGCGCUCAUUUGAAAACGCUGUUAUAUGAGAAAGCCUCGUUGAUAUUUGCCGUGCUUGCCGAGAAGGAGUACGUAAAUAAAAACUAUGGCAUUUCUCUGAAGUACAUGUUAGAAGUAUUAUAUUGUCAGAAGAUAUUGGAAAUCUGCGGAGUGAGGAACGACAAAUCGAUUAGUUAUCUGUUGGGUCGCGCGGGAGACUGUUGCUUUAUGACCGUGCAAGACUGGUGCAACAUAGAAAGGCAUAAGAAAGACUACGAGACAAAAAACGAAAUAGAAGAGAAAAUUAUCGAAGAAUUACAUAGCGUGAAGGAUUUGGAUAUGGAUAGUGACGAAUUAUUGCCGAAAGGAUUGGACAGUCUAGAAUCCACUCUACUCUCUUCAUACAGAUGUUAUGAUAAAGCGUUAUUGUUGUUAGAGCCGACGGAUAAGGACAGAAACAACUUAUUGAGACGAUUGGGGAAUAUUCAUAACGAACUAGGUGUUCUUUACAUGAACCAAGCAAGUAAUCGAUGCGUUCAGCUCGACGACCAAACAGAUAAGUCGUCCAUUAAACCGGAUGUGCUUGUGCUUCUGACACGUUCAUUAACUCACUUGGAAUUUGGCGUGAGAGCUUUCGAAAAAGUUCACGACGAGGCCAAUCUCGCGCUUUUGCAUUCCAAUACGGGCCGACUCAUGCGAGUCUGGGCGCACAUGGACGAGAAGCAGACCUCAAAAGUGCGUCAUUAUUACGACAAUGCGAUUGCAAGCUAUCAGAAGGCUUUGCAAGUUCUGGGUAAUAGAAAGACAAAUCCAUCGAUAUGGGACAACGUGAGCUGGGAUUUGUCGACAACAUAUUUUAAUAUGGCUACACUGCUGCAGGAUUAUCCUUCGAGCGAUUAUAAGCCUGGACAGGAUAUGGAGAGAACAGUGGUUGAUGUUCUACAGAAGGCGCUUAAGCAUUGCGACGUGGAAACGCCAGGAUCACGGCAGCCGAUUUAUCAAUUCCGUGCUGCAACUAUUCAACAUCGAUUGGCCUCGUUAUAUCAUCGUAUAUACAGAGAACUCGAGUUAGAUGCGGAAAGUAGCAAGAAAAAAACGAAUUUACAAUUGUGUAAAUUAUAUUACGAUAAAGCGGCAAAGUCGUUGCUAUCGUUAGAACAAAGUUCGGAGUACUUGACGGUGCAACUGGAGAGAGUCGCUCUUGCGGAGUAUCAAGCAAGUAAUAGCACAACGUUUAAUAACAAAUUAAAAGCAUACCAAAACGGUUUGGAAUUACUUCUACAAUGCAUACCUAUGUUGGAGAUAUUGUGCGAACGAAAUAGCACAGCGAAACAAAAUAAAGAGACAACGGAUGAUAAAGUAGAGGAGGAUCGUAUCGAACAUGAAAAAGCGGAAGAACAAAAGUUGAUGGAUGAAGAGAACCAACUUGUUUCUUUGCUUGAACAGAGACUUCAGUUUAUCUUACGAUCGUUAACCAAGCUGUUCUUCAGUAAAAGUCCUGUACAUAAUAAAAAAGAACACGAGACACUUGCAAGUCUGUACAAGCAAUGUUACACGCGAACGUUACGACUGGACACAAUGUCUGGAUUUGCUUUGAUAAAACACGUCACGGAAGUUCUAAAAGAACUCGACUGUAUGUUAAAACAGACGGAAAAACCUCAAUCGACGUGUAAAUAAAGUGUAAUUAAAAUGCUAACUAUAUAUAAUUAGCAAUUCUCGCUACGAACGCUGUAUACAUACGUCGUUACAAGUUUAUUUAAUACGAAAUGGUUUGUAUAAAUACGACAUGCGUUUGUUUCGAACGAUCAUACACACGUGCUUAAGUAUCAGUUUAUCUUUAUUCAUUAGAUGUAAACAAAGUUAGACCGACAUACGCUAUAAAGUGUGUGAGCGUUCGGAACAAAACGCAUUUAUUCUGUACAUAGAGUCUAUACGUAGGCUCUGACUCGAUGAACCAAAUGCAUUUGGUAACUUUUACAAGAUUUUUUCGGUACAACUAUGGGUUGUUCGGAGAGUACGUAGCGUUUGUUUUUUUAAUUUUAUUUUUUAAUACAAGUUUUAAUUUAAUUUCUAUCGUACCGACUCAUAUAAUGUAGCUUCUAGAACAUGCACAUAUAUACGUGCUGUUCAAUUUUAGUAUUUAUGUCUCGAACAAUGUCUCGUGUACAUGGUCUCGAACAUGUUAUCUACAGUGAUGUUACUUAUUGGAAACUUUCCAAACAACCCAAUAAUUAAAUCAAUACCGCAGUGGAAAAGUUAAGAAGUAAAAUUAUAUAAAACUUUACCUACGUGCGAUACUUGUUUUGUGAUAGAUAACUAACAAACACCGCGACAAUGAUACGUGAAAAAAAGCAUCGUAUGCCGCAGGUUUAACCCUAGAUAUACACACUUAAUGUCUGUGAAACUUCAGCAAUUACAGUAAAAUGACGUUUUUUUCUUGAAUUUAAAAGAAACUUAUGUCUCUGAAUGGAUUUUUUUUGGUACGUAUAUGAAUAUAGACUAAUUCUGAAUGCAUAGACGUAUUGUUCAGUCUAUUUGCGAUUGAUUUAAAGACACUUAAUUACAAUAUGGUAAUUUUCUCUAGCAUUAUGAUGUUUUUUCAGACCCUAGUGUGGUAUCUACAUAUACGAAGGCUGCGUUCGUAAAGCGCGCUAUUUCAUCAUUUUGUCUUUGUUUUUCAUCUAAUAAGCGAUAAAGAUAGAAUGAUGCAAUAGCGCAAAUAGUGCUCUCCCUGAACGCAGCCGAAAAAAAAAUAAGUAUGUAUACCUAGGGUCAAAGAGUAUUUAAAUUGCUUUCGAAGAGUGAUACAUCUGUUCAAUCUUUUAGUAUUACGCAGAGAACGUUUUGUGUAUAUAAAGAGAAGAAGUAAAAACGAUAAUGUAAUAUUUAUUAUGUUUGUUUCGGAUAUAUCGAUACACAGAAGAUAUUGAACAAGAACAAUCUUUCUGUUAUUGCAGCUUUCCUAUUUUAACGUAUGUAAAUAAAAUGUAUAUUUUAAAUACAAACAUUCGAAAAAUAAUUUUCGAAUUUAUAUUAUCGGAGCGCGUACGCAAGAAAUUAAUUAGUAGCUUUUAAAACUAAUUAACAAUUUUUGAUGAGAAUCUUCUAUCUGGCAAUAAACGUUAAUAAAAUGACAGUUCAAUUAAAAUCGAGAAAGUUAACUUUAAAUAAAUCUUUAAAUCCAUCGCUUAAAUCUAAGAUCAGAGUUUCAUAUUAUAUACAUAUCUCUCUCUUUCUCUCUCUCGGAUGUUACGUUUUUUCAAAAGCCAGAUGACGAUACGAGAGUUCAAACAGGUCUCCGCUCGGCUUCGCUGAUGCGUGGCUUUGUGUAAAGUUCGUGAUAUGCCACGAGCUAGCGGGGUUGUGUUCGGCUCGGUCGAGCGAAAACUCGAUAAAAAACUCAUUUAUUAAAGAAUACGAGAUGAACUGUUGUUGCGUGGUCGAAGGUAGAGAUUAAAAGGAAGCGAUGCGCAGAAUAAAUCACCGCGAGGCGUGAUUGUACGUAUAUCAUAAACGUUUUCGCGUCACCAUGGGGCUUACUGUUGUGCCAACAUCUUUCCCAUCCUUUUCGUCAAAAGUAUAAUCUUACAUGCGCUUGCGAAAAGAGAAUUUAUUAAAUUUAUAUAGAGUAUACGCAUCUUUGCGCUUUAUACAAGGCAGAGUCGCGGGUUAAAACGAAUUUCCGGCCAGCAACAACGUGUAGUAGCUGCCACACGAGAACGGCAUGCAUAUCCCGCGUAAUAUACGGCGGACUAUUGCGAAUAGGCAAACGCAAUUGCGCACCAGCGCUUCGCUUGAUUAAUUUUAACGAAGGUAGGAACCAAUUCAUCGCGUUGACGACGACGACGACGGUGGCGGUAACAACGGCAGUGUCGACCGGUCGAAGAUCGAUGAACUACGAGCGCGCGACCAGCCCUAGCCUGCCGAGAUAUAACAAUUCCAGCUGUCAGUCGCAUCCCUCACGCUCGAAUGGAUUCGAUUCCCUCUUCAGGAAAAGAGAGAGCGAGAGAAGAGAGGUACACUGGUAGAGCGUACGUCAAAAGACAAAACAAAAGGAACAGAGAAAGGGUCGGUCGCUCUUCGCGUUGUCUCCUUCCUGGUUUCAUUACCCGCCCAAUUCCGAUUUUCCGCGGGCGACCGCCCAUCAACUCGACCUUUCGCACUGACGAAUUCGUCGAUUACUGAAUUGAUUAAAA